UGAGUCUCCAGCUGCUAAGCGGAGUGGAGCGCGCAGCGCAGCCGUCGCGUCAGACUCAAUCCUCCGCUGGACUCGUGUCUACUUCCACCCUUCCAUGUGAAUGAGAAUCUUCUGUUUGAAGGGAGGACACAGAAUAAUGGAGGGGGCGCGCCGCACCGUGUCUUUACGGGGACUUUUACCGCUCCUCUUCCUCACUGCGCUGCUGGAGCCCGGGGCUGCCGGUAUGCCCCCUUAUUUCCAGAUGAGUCAGCUCUGUAAGUUCUGCGAUGUGGAGCUUUCCUCCUGCAGCGGCACAGGGACCUGCAUGUCCAACUGCUCCAUCUCAUCCACUUGUGCGGACAGUAACGAGGUCUGUGUCUCCAUCUGGAGGAAGAACGAGACGGACUUCUCCAUUGAAACCCUGUGCCAUGACCCGUCCAAGCCGCUCUACGGUGUAAUGCUGGACGACUACAACAGCUCAACCUGCGUGAUGAAGGAGAAGAACACGACGAGUGGGAUGGCUCACAUCUGCUCCUGUACAGAAGAGGAGUGUAACGACCAACUCUUAUUCACCCCCGCGGUGGAUCCAACUCCGGAUGAUCCCUUGGUCUCGGUGAUCCUGGUGAGCCUGCUACCCCUGCUGGUGAUGGGGGUCGUGGUCGCCGGAAUGUUCUACUGGUACCGGGCCUACCGGCGACGCGUGAGCCAAGAGUGGGAGAGCAGCAUGAAGAAGCGCAAGCCUAAAGCCGGCGGGCUGGACUGCAGCGACGCCUGCGCCAUCAUGAUGGAUGACGACGGGUCGGACAGCAGCUCGACACACGCCAACCACUUGAACCACAACACUGAGCCGCUGCCCAUAGAGCUGGAUAUGCUGGUGGGGAAGGGUCGCUUCGCCCAGGUGUACAAGGCCAAGCUGAAGCAGACCACCUCGGAUCAGUUCGAGACGGUGGCCGUGAAGAUCUUCCCCUACGAGGAGUACGCCUCCUGGAAGAAUGAGAAGGACAUCUUCUCCAAUACGGACCUCCGGCACGAGAACAUUAUCCACUUCCUGACAGCUGAGGAGAGGAAAGUGGAGAAACAGUACUGGCUCAUCACGGCCUUCCACCCCAGAGGAAACCUACAGGAGCACCUGACGCGUAAUGUGAUCAGCUGGGAGGAGCUGCAGGUGCUGGGCAUGUCACUGGCCGGGGGCGUCUCCCACCUGCACAGUGACCGCCUCCCUUGUGGACGCCCUAAGGUGCCCAUAGUCCAUCGAGACCUGAAGAGCUCCAACAUCCUGGUGAAGAACGACCUGACGUUGUGCCUCUGUGACUUUGGGCUGGGACUCCGUUUGGACAGCACUCUGUCUGUGGAUGACCUGGCCAACAGUGGACAGGUGGGCACGGCGCGGUACAUGGCUCCAGAGGUGCUGGAGGCCCGACUCAAUCUGGAGAACAUCGAGUCCUUCAAGCAGACCGACAUCUACUCCAUGGCCCUCGUGCUUUGGGAGAUGACAUCGAGGUGUGAAGCCAUCGGAGAGGUGAAGGACUACGAGCCUGCCUACGGCUCUAAGGUGCGAGAGCACCCCUGUGUGGAGAGCAUGAAGGACAACGUGCUGAGGGACAGAGGACGACCCGAGAUCCCGGACAGCUGGCUCAGGCAUCAGGGCGUGGCGGUGAUCUGCGCCACCAUCGAGGAGUGCUGGGACCACGACCCCGAGGCCCGGCUCACCGCCCAUUGCGUCUCCGAGCGGAUCUCUGAGCUGGAGGACGAGAUGGACAAGCUGUCCAGCCGCAGCUCCUCGGCGGAGAAGAUCCCCGCUGAGCUGAAGAUCCCGAUGGAGGUGGGGAUCCCCGGGGAGGAGGUGAAAAUCUCCCAAAUACAGGACGUCGGCGCCGCGGACAGCUCAGUGAGCGAUGAGAAGUGAGAGAGGGAACAGACUUUUUCCUUUUUAUCCACAAUACGGGCACUUAUUCUGCUUUGAUCAGACUGAAGACAGAGAUCUCUGUCAGCAGGGGGGACGUCCAGGAGUUGAGCUCCUGGACAUCCAGGGACAGCGACAUAUCAUAUUCUAGCCCAGGAAAAAACAAGAGACUCUGGGUGACGCUUUUGGACUUCACCGCUUCUAAACAUGUAACAACUUGCCUUAUCAGCUGAAAAGCUAAAGAGCCAAAAAACCACAAAAAAAGACAAAGUUAACUGGAAGCUACCAAAGAUACACAGAGCAAAAAGGUCACUCUCUUUAUGAGAAACAAACGGAGCGCUAACUGUUAAACCAAAGACAUUUAAUGUGCACUUUACCGUGAAACACUUUUCUUCAUGCAGUCUGUGUCCAAAAGGGUCUUCAACUUUGAGCCAAAGUGUCAGCGGAGAUGUGGCCUUAACACUAACGAUGCUGUGGACUCCAUCAGCACCAGCAAGGAAUCCAAAGGAAUGUGUGUGUGAACGAGUGUGUGUGUAUGUGUGUGUGUGUGUGUGUUUACCCAGCUAUACUUAAACCUUGUUUGUCACAAACAAGCACAAUGUACAUAGAGACAGUGACUGUACAUAAGAGACAAAUCAACCCAUAAAAAGGGAAACGUAAUCCUACGAUUUAUAUUUGAACGCAGAGACUAACAGACUUCAUAAGAGAUGUAUUUUAUGUGUGUGGUCUUACUAUAUCAACGGGUGUGCCGAUAUCUGUUGUACCUGCCUUACAUACAGUGUGUGUCAUUUGUAAAAUAUUUGUAAAUCUUUUUAUGAAUUAAAGAUAUUUCUGUAUACUGAGAUUCUGCUCUCACUCGUUCUGUAAUUCAGGAAAGAUACAAACUACUGAGGACUGUGGAUUGUUUUUAUCAUUGUGUCUUUUUUCGAUUACGUGCAAAAGCCCGUUCUUAAAAUACAUUUAAGAAAACUAGCUGAGUGGUAUUAAGUCGUUUUUUUCUGCCACCUUCCUCUUGUGUAUUAUUUCGCUUUUCAAGAGUUUGUGCUGACACAGCAGUCUCAUGAAGAACUAGGAGACAUUGGAUUACAUGUACUGGUGAACCGUACUUUUUACAGACCAAGUAUUACAUUUGGGUACAUGCCGAUACAGAGUACCGAUAUGAGUACUUGUUAGAACCAUUACAGUGCUAACAAUGACUUUGAAAACAUGUUUCAUUCUCAUCAAAUGUU